AUGGAUGGGGAGGGCGAGGCGGAUCUCUCCAACGACAAGGCGGCGCCGCGGUGGAAGAGGAGGUCGACCCCCCGGCCGCAGCCCCUCGCCUGGAGCAAACCCCGGCCCCAGUCGUACCAGAGCCCCAACGGGGUGCUUUUCACCGACUUUCCCGUGGAGGACAGGUGCAGCUUCACCGUGACUCAGCCUGCCCGCACCGUCAGCAGCUGCACGGGCAGCGGGGUGCUCCGGAGGGACCCCUCGUUUUUCAGUUCCAGCAUGGGAUCGGUGUCCAACGGGAAGGUACGGCCUCCAGCCUGUAAAGCGGUCUCCCCCGAGCUGUCUCCUGAGCGGUCCUCCCAGGUGCUCCCUCUGGUUUCGAACAGUUCUGUUGGUUUUACUGCCAACGGCACCAUUACCUCACCAGGAAGCCAGCUGGGUUGUCCCCUGAGGAUUUCCAGUCAGUCAGCACUUACACCGCAGCAAGAGCAGAUUGUUUUCACAGACAGCCCUCAGCCCUCACCUACUGGAAACGCACCUUCGUCCAGUAACAACAACGCGGCAGUGCUGCCCUUGCAAUGCAACCGGGUUUCCAAAAUACCAGAAAAAGUGCUGCUGGGGCCCCCCGUGGUUUCCCAGGCGAUGUCCCCAGAGCAAGGCAUAACUCCUCAGAGGCCAGCCUCCCCUCAGGACCAGCCCGUGGAGCAGCAGCCCGUGGUCCUGAGCACCAACAGCCCCGCCGCUCUCAAAGUGGGCACGCAGCAGAUCAUUCCCAAGAGUUUGGCUUCGGAAAUAAAGGUGACGAGCAAAGCCAACGGCCAGAAUGCAGAGACGAGCAAAAGGGUGCUGAAGGUCCGCAGCAUGGUGGAGAGCCUCAGUGUGCCUUUGGUAGCCGAUGCUGAGGAGGAGGCUGAGGGCGACCUGGACAGCCCAGGGAACCUGAGGCGCGGCCUGAGGUCGACAUCCUACCGCAGAGCGGUGGUGAGCGGCGUGGACUUUGACAGCUCUUCUAAUUUUAAGAAAAAAAACAGAAUGUCCCAGCCCAUACUUAAAGCAGUUGUUGAAGAUAAAGAGAAAUUUUCAAGCCUGGGGAGGAUAAAGAAGAAAAUGCUGAAAGGACAAGGGACGUUUGAUGGGGAAGAAAACGCUGUAUUAUAUCAGAACUAUAAAGAAAAAGCUCUGGAUAUAGAUUCUGAUGAAGAGUCUGAGCCCCGAGAGCAGAAAUCAGAUGAAAAGGUUGUUUUUCACUAUAAGCCCCUGAGAUCAACAUGGAGUCAGCUGUCCAUUGUAAAGAAGAAUGGAUUAUCAGAAGCGAUCAGCCAGGAAGAGAGAAAAAGACAGGAGGCAAUAUUUGAAGUGAUAUCUUCUGAGCAUUCUUAUUUGCUGAGCUUGGAGAUUCUGAUCCGGAUGUUUAAAAAUUCCAGGGAACUGAGUCUCACAAUGACCAAAACGGAGAGCCAUCACCUUUUCUCCAAUAUCACGGAUGUUUACGAAGCAAGCAAAAAGUUCUUUAAAGAACUUGAAGCAAGACAUCAGAACAACAUCUUUAUUGAUGAUAUUGGCGAUAUAGUUGAAAAGCAUACUUCCUCAACAUUUGAUCCGUAUGUAAAGUACUGCACCAACGAAGUCUAUCAACAGCGAACACUGCAGAAAUUACUAGCCACAAAUCCAGCAUUUAAAGAGGCGUUAUCACGGAUCGAGGCCCAUGAAGAUUGCCGGAAUUUACCAAUGAUCUCUUUCCUCAUUCUUCCCAUGCAGAGAGUUACUCGUCUUCCCUUACUGAUGGAUACAAUUUGUCAGAAGACUCCUAAGGAUUCACCAAAAUAUGAGAAUUGCAAGCAAGCUCUGAAAGAAGUGAGCAAGCUGGUGCGUUUAUGCAACGAAGGUGCUCGGAAAAUGGAAAGGACAGAAAUGAUGUACACAAUUAACUCCCAACUGGAAUUUAAAAUCAAGCCAUUUCCAUUGGUUUCUUCUUCACGAUGGUUAGUGAAAAGGGGUGAAUUAACAGCAUACGUAGAAGACACUGGACUUUUUUCUAAAAGAACCUCUAAGCAGCAGGUGUACUUCUUCCUCUUUAACGACGUCCUCAUUAUCACCAAGAAGAAGAGUGAAGAGAGUUACAAUGUCACAGGCUAUGCUUUAAGGGACCAGCUGGUGGUACAGCAAUGUGACAGCGAGGACCUGACUUCUUCUCCUGUAAAGAACGCUUCAGCUAUGCUCUACUCGCGGCAGAGUUCUGCGGCUCACCUCUUCAGACUAGCAGUCCUCAGUAACCACGCGGGAGAGAAGGUGGAGAUGCUCCUGGGAACAGAGACUCAGAGUGACAGAGCUCGCUGGAUUACAGUGCUUGGACAGGACAGCGACGGGCAGAAGACUGACAGGACAACUUUGACUCAGGUAGAGAUCAUCAGAACUUACACAGCAAAGCAGUCAGAUGAACUGUCUCUUCAAGUUGCUGAUGUUGUUUUGGUUUAUCAAAAAGUAAACGAUGGCUGGUAUGAAGGGGAACGACUGCGGGAUGGCGAAAGAGGUUGGUUUCCCAUGGAGUGCGCUAAAGAAAUCACGUGUCGUGCCACGAUUGACAAGAACAUGGAACGGAUGGGACGCUUACUUGGACUUGAAACCAAUGUGUAG